AUGGAUGUCAUACCAGGUUUCGAAGAUCUCAAACGUAUUCGAAUUGCCAAACCAGAUGGACAAUGUACGAUUGCUAAUGGUGAGGAAGAAGAAGAACCAGUGAGUCCUAUGGCUCGUUUGUUUCAUGAACCUGGUUGCAACAUUUAUAUCAUUACUAAAAUUGGCUUGAAAACCCAAAUUCUUGAUAUUCAUGCUUUUAAAGCCAAUCUGGGGCUUACUCUGGCGAAACACCCUCGUUUCUCUAGUUUGCAGGUUGUGAGCAAAGAAAGUGGUGGAGAGAUUAAAUGGGUUCAAACAGAGGUGGACAUGGAUAACCACCUUAUAGUCCCCCACAUUGAUUACCCUGAUGAAAAGUUUGUCGAGGAUUACAUCUGCAACCUGAGUAAAUCUACCAUUGACAAGUCGAAACCUAUGUGGGACUUCCACAUCCUCAAUGUCAAAACAUCCGACGCCGAGGCGGUAGGUGUCCUCCGCGUCCACCACUCCCUCGGCGACGGUGCAUCUCUUAUGUCUCUUUUUCUUGCUUGCACUCGUAAAACAUCUGAUCCUGAAGCUUUUCCAAGUUGUACGAUCGUGACAAAAAAAUCGAAUUUGUCAAAAUCUUGGGGGCUUGGUUUUGUUCUGAUGAUGAUGAUGAUGGUAUGGAACACAAUCGUUGAUGUGGUGAUGUUUGUACUCACUGCAUUGUUUUUGAAGGACACGAAAACUCCUCUGAAAGGUCCGCCAGGUGUUGAGAACAAUCCUCGGCGCAUUGUUCAUCGAACAGUUAGUCUGGAUGAUGUGAAGUUGGUGAAAAGAGCCAUGAAUAUUACAAUUAACGAUGUAGUUCUUGGAGUAACAGAAGCUGGCAUUUCAAAGUAUCUCAACAGGAGAUAUGGUGAGGGAAAAAACCAGGGGGAAGCGGUGAAGAAAAAUAACCUUCCGAAGAACAUUCGUCUUAGAGCAACGUUUUUCAUGAAUUUAAGACCGUCUGCAGGGAUUUAUGAUCUAGUUAAUAUGAUGGAGAAGGGUACAAAGGCCAGAUGGGGUAACAAGAUCGGUUAUGUCAUCCUCCCCUUCACCAUUGCAUUCCGAGAGGAUCCAUUGGAGUAUGUAAGGGAAGCUAAUGCGAUUAUGAGUCAAAAGAAGACUUCACUUGAAGCUAUUUAUAGUCACUGGAUUGUUAAGUUAAUCCUCAAGUUGUUUGGCAUUAAGGCUGCAGGCAAGCUUUCCCACAAGGUUUUUUCUAACACAACACUGUGGUUCUCAAACGUACCUGGACCCCAAGAAGAAGUUGCGUUUUUCGGCCAUCCGGUAGCCUAUAUUGCUCCGACUUGUUAUGGACAGCCCAACGCACUGAUGAUUCAUGUGGUUAGUUAUGUGGACAAAUUGACGUUCGUUCUAUCAGCCGAUGAAGAAACGAUUCCAGACCCACAUCAGCUGUGUGAUGAUCUUGAAGAUUCACUCAAGCUCGUCAUGGCUGCCGUCAUAGCAAAACAAACCCACAAGGUGUGA